GCACGCAGCCUGGCAGCCAGCGCACCAGCCCAGCCAUGGUCCUUGAGAUCACCGAACAUCAAGUGUUCCAAGACUCUGAGCUUGCCUUCCUCCUGGAAAACUGCAGCUCUUCCUAUGACUACCCAGGAGAAAAUGAGAGUGACACCUGCUGCGCCUCCCCACCCUGCCCACAGGACUUCAGCCUGAACUUUGACAGGGCCUUCCUGCCGGCCCUCUACGGCCUCCUCUUUGUGCUGGGGCUGCUGGGCAACGGCGCUGUGGCGGCCGUGCUGCUGAGCCAGCGGGCCGCCCUGAGCAGCACCGACACUUUCCUGCUCCACCUGGCCGUGGCUGACGCACUGCUGGUGCUGACCCUCCCGCUCUGGGCAGUGGAUGCUGCUGUCCAGUGGGUCUUCGGCUCUGGCCUCUGCAAAGUGGCAGGUGCCCUCUUCAACAUCAACUUCUAUGCAGGGGCCCUCCUACUGGCCUGCAUCAGCUUUGAUCGGUACCUGAGCAUAGUGCAUGCCACCCAGCUCUACCGCCGGGGGCCCCCGACCCGCGUGGCCCUCACUUGUGUAGUUGUCUGGGGGCUCUGUCUGCUCUUUGCCCUCCCAGACUUCAUCUUCCUGUCAGCCCACCGUGACGAGCGCCUCAAUGCCACCCACUGCCAGUACAACUUCCCGCAGGUGGGUCGCACAGCUCUGCGCGUACUGCAGCUGGUUGCUGGUUUCCUGCUGCCCUUGCUGGUCAUGGCCUACUGCUAUGCCCGCAUCCUGGCUGUGCUGCUGGUCUCCAGAGGCCAGCGGCGGCUGCGAGCCAUGCGCCUAGUGGUGGUGGUAGUUGUGGCCUUUGCCCUCUGCUGGACCCCCUACUACCUGGUGGUGCUGGUGGACACCCUCAUGGACCUGGGGGCCUUGGCCCGCAACUGUGGCAGAGAAAGUCAUGUGGAUGUGGCCAAGUCUGUCACCUCAGGUCUAGGGUAUAUGCACUGCUGCCUCAACCCGCUGCUCUACGCCUUUGUGGGUGUCAAGUUCCGAGAGCGUAUGUGGAUGCUACUUAUGCGCCUGGGCUGCCCUGACCAGAAAGGGCAUCAACGGCAGCCACCAUCUUCCCGCCGGGAUUCAUCCUGGUCUGAGACCACAGAGGCCUCCUACUCAGGCUUGUGAGGCUGGGAUGGGGGCCAUGCAGCCUGACUGCCCCCCCUCUUCCAGGCUCCUCCCUCCCUCUCCUGGAAGCCUUGCUCCCCAGAUGCACACCCCUGGGAUUCCCCGGCAGCCCCAGCACUGCCCAGUCUCCCAGGGAGUCACCCUCCCAGCUCUGGGGGCUGCACCAUUGCUGCUCCUUAGCUGCCAAGCCCCAUUCUGCUGCUUCGUAAGUGGCUAACUUCAGGACCUUCUUACCUUGGCUGCCCGGAGCCCCACUGCCCUUCUAAUCCAGUAAUGGCCUUCCCCGUGUGCAUGCAGCAGAAGGCAAACAGCAUAGCAGAAGCUGCCCCUAUGGGGCCUUGGCCCAGGCCUCCAGCUCAGCAGUGACUGUGGCUGUGGUCCCCAAGACCUCUGU